CUGGCGAAACAGCAGUAGCUCAUUAAUUAGUCCACGAAAUGAGUUUGUUUUUGCCUAAAUUAAGUUGCAAAAAAGACAUAGAUGAAGUUAUCAAAUGCGUAGCAGAAAAGGUCGUAGUAUUGAGGUUUGGGAGAGACGAAGACUCGGUUUGUCUCCAGCUGGAUGAGAUUCUGUCAAAAACAGCCCAUGACCUGAGUAACAUGGCGUCCAUCUACAUCGUUGAUGUGGAUAAAGCUCCCAUUUACACAAGAUACUUUGACAUCAGCUUCAUCCCCUCCACUGUUUUCUUUUUCAACGGACAGCACAUGAAAGUGGAUUAUGGCUCCCCAGAUCACACCAAGUUUGUUGGCAGCUUCAAGACCAAGCAAGAUUUCAUGGAUCUGAUUGAGGUCAUAUACAGAGGAGCUAUGCGUGGGAAGAUGAUUGUCCAGAGUCCCAUAGAUCCUCAAAAUAUUCCCAAAUAUGAUCUCCUCUACCAUGGAAUUUAGGCUCAACACCUCCAGCAUGUGGCUUUAUGAUCAUAAUGAUUUCCUGCAGAGUGGCAUCAACCACUACUGGUUGAUAGUUAUGACUUUCAGCCACCAAGUAGCCAUCUGAAGAAGUUUUGAUAUUAAAGCUAAAAUGUCUCAGAUUUGGAAACUUUAAUAAAUAUGUGGAUUUGCCUGUAGAAGGGAAAUUACAAACAGGGCAGCACAUUGCCCUUUACUUUUUGUUGAAAGGUUCCCUUUGGAGUGUUUGGCCACUGUUAACCCUAUACAGCAAUGUUUUUGUAUGUGUGAGUCCUCAUGAUGUUAGCCGUCUUGCAAACAAACACACCAUGUAAUGGGCUUUGUUGACUUCUCAUAGUCAAAUUUAUUUACAGCAUCUUAACAGAGGUUCUGCGACUAUUCUGAUUUAUUUAUUUCUUGUGAAAAUGCAGUGUCAUGCUGAUGUUUCCCAUGGAAAAGAGCUCCAGAGAUACACUUAAUUUAUGCAAUGUACAUGCUCUGUUUUUAUAAUAAACUUUGAUAUUUUAUCUUGCACCAUCAAUUACCUGCCAUGUCCCUGUAGCCUCUGUUUGUGCUUUUUUUUUAGAUCAUGUAAACUUACAGUUUCUAGGCAUACCUACACCGCCAACUGAGUUACAUUUCUGAACAAUUCACUAAAUAACCAAUGA